UCGAUGCCCAAAUGCUGCAUGCAUGGAAAUUGUACACUCAUGGCGCACGUGUGGACAUUUUAUUAGGUAAGAGCAGCACACAUGGUACAGGAAGCCUAGCCACUCACCGGCACGGUACGUCCCCCUCACCCGCACUUCUCUUCCUGCCUGGAACGGGGUACCACUUACACGCCUCUUUCUUUUUUCAUCUGCAGCCGAACCCACCCCUUUACUAACAGCUUGCUAUUUUCUAGUUUGUCGCGUGGUUUUAAAUUAGGAGUAAAUUGCGCUGGUUAAUAUCAAUUCAUGAGUAGAAGAAAGACGCGUCUAAAGUCAUCACAGCACCCGAGCAAACAUCUUCCAAGCACUCGUACCUCACCACCUCUGGCCUUAACUGUGAUAAUCAAUACGGUUCUGUUUUAAAAUGACUGCAAAACACAGAGGCAAGAAGAACAAGCCAAAUCACGAAGACUUAAACAAUUUUACUAAUGAAUCUUCGGAACCUGAGGCGCGAGGUGGACACCAGUAUGCGCUUUUGCUAAUUUUAUACCUUCUGAUUGUGGUCGGAGGUGCCACGGCUUCAUGGUUCUGUUUCCAGCAACACCAAACUAUAACCUACUUAUCAGACAACAUCAUGGGCAUGCAGAUGAAGAUUGUGAAGCUUCAGUCCUUCCAGGAAGAAAUCCGUCAGACAAAUGAAAAGCAGCAGAGUACAGAUGGCUUUGAGCGUCGUCUCAACGCCCUGGAAGAGUCUUAUGCACUGGCCCAGAAGCAGGUGGGCAUGGCUCUGACCACAGCUGAACAACUGAAAACCUCAGACCUGCCCGCCCAGGUCCUUUCCCUACACACAGAAAUGAAUACCCGGCUGGCGGAGAUGCAGCACACUACAGUGUCGGUGGAAGAGCUGACCCAGAUUCAGGCCAUGCUAAAGGAGAGCAGCAAGGAGUUUGAGGCUGUCCGGCUACAGGUAGAGGGCCUCGCAGGGGUGAGCACGGAGCUGGCCCAGAGCAUGGAGGACUUGACCGAGCGCCUGGCUGAGGCAGACGCCAAGCUGGAGGACAAGGCAGGGCUGCUGGGUGCCCUGAGGAACACCAUGGAGGAUCAGGCCUCUGAGCUCCUGAGGCUAAAAGAACAACUGUCUGCCCACCAGGCCGAGCUGGACUCCAAUGCAGCAGAGAUUACAAGUGUCCGAGAGCUGAUUGAGAUAGAGCAGUCUCAGAGGGCCCAGAAAGCCAGUCUGGAGGAGCAAAUGGUUACUGUGCAACAGAGUCUGCAGGAGCAGAACUUAGUGGCCCGCAGUCUGCAUUCUGAGCUUGGCACUCAGCUGAAGGCUGUGCAGAAACGAGUGGCACAGCUGGAAGGAGGAGUUCAAGGAGAUGAGUCUGUAGAGAAGGAGGAAGCUCCUAUGUUGGAGGUGGUUGAGGUUGCUUCUGCUACUGAGGAGGAGGAUGAGGAUGAGGCUGCUGAGGUGGAGGAGGUUGCUGCUGCUGAGGAGGAGGAGGAUGAGGUUGCUCCUGCUGCUGCUGAGGAGGAUGAG